GCCGGCUGCGGACGAGCGCUGAGCGUUGUCUGAGAAAAUGCUACCUACAAAGCAUUCUGCGCCCAGGCAUGGGUGGCUCAUAACGACUGCCUGCAUAGCAGCCUGUGUUUUGAGCAUUGCUGUCAUGGUAACACAGGUUCUAGUGAUCUUACAAGUGAAAGAUUUGAGAUCAGAGCUGGGGACGAAAAUGCAGAAUAUGGAAGCAGUUAUGAACAGCUAUGGACACCCCCUGGACAACAAGCCCCCGGAGGGCCCAGACCCUGGCGAAAACACUGCCAAAUACAGCGGAAAACAGAAUGGGGAGGGGAAGGAGAAUCAUCACAGGUCUAAGAGAUCCCCCAACACUGUUACUCUACCAUUUGGAAGUUGCCUUCAAGGAUCCCAGGGUCAACCUGGUGUUCCUGGGAGGGACGGACAGCCAGGUUUACCUGGAAGAGACGGACAGCCAGGUGCACCAGGUGCAUCUGGUUCACCUGGGGCAGUCGGCACACCUGGAACACCGGGCCAGUGCCCCUGCCACGGGCCGUCGACAACUAUGGACGUCUCUCCAACUGCGACCACGCCAGUUAAGCCAACAGACACAGGUUCUCUCUUCGAUGUUCGUCUUGAAGACGGCGGAAGUGCCAAUGAAGGACGACUCGAGAUUUUCUACAACGGAGAGUGGGGGACCGUGUGUUCAUCAGGCUGGGACCUGGCCGACGCAAAUGUGGUCUGUCGUCAACUGGGCUAUCCCUGUGCAGAGAUAACAACAACUUGGGCUAGCCACGGACGAGGGACUGGUCGUAUUUGGUUCCGUGACGCAGCUUGUACGGGUAACGAAGCACGGCUGGCGGACUGCCCGCACGGUUUAUGGGGCUAUGGAAUUUCCUGCGGUCACCACCAAGAUGUCGGAGUUGUCUGCAGGCCGUAUGUGCGUCUAGUAGGAGGAAGCAGCAACAAUGAAGGCAGAGUGGAGAUUUUCUAUAACGGAGAGUGGGGAACCGUGUGUUCAUCAUACGACUGGGACCUAGCCGAUGCUUCCGUGGUCUGCCGUCAGUUGGGCUAUCCCUGUACCAGCUCCACCACAACCUGGGCCAGCUUCGGGGAAGGGACCGGGCAGAUCUGGUUGCGUUAUGUACGGUGUACCGGUAGCGAGGCCCGGCUGGCGGACUGUUCCCACGAUGGAUGGGGGGACUCCUAUGGCUGCAACCACGGUCGUGAUGUCGGGGUUGUUUGCAGGGCAUUUACAAAGAUUAAAAUUCGACCGUUCGCAGAUGUACGACUUGUCGGUGGAAGGAGUGUCUCUGAGGGAAGACUUGAGAUAUUUUAUGACGGAGAGUGGGGGACAGUGUGUUCAUACUCCUGGGAUCUAGCCGACGCCUACGUGGUCUGCCGUCAGCUGGGAUAUCCUUGUGCCUACGUAACAACAACCUGGGCCAGCUUCGGCGAGGGGACCGGGCGGAUUUGGUUCCGUGAUGCGGCGUGUACGGGAAAAGAAGCACGCCUUGCGGAUUGUCGCCACAGUGCAUGGGGCUAUGGAUCUUCCUGCAGUCACAGCAAGGAUGUUGGGGUUGUGUGCAGACCGUAUGUCCGUCUGGUAGGAGGGAGCAGCAACAAUGAAGGCAGAGUGGAGAUUUUCUACAACGGAGAGUGGGGGACCGUGUGUUCGUACUCCUGGGACCUAGCCGAUGCCUCCGUGGUCUGCCGUCAGCUGGGCUAUUCAUGUGCCAGCUUAACGACAACCUGGGCCAGCUUCGGUGAAGGGACCGGGCAGAUUUGGUUGCGUUAUGUAGGGUGUACCGGUCACGAGGCCCGGCUGGCGGACUGUUCCCACCGUGGAUGGGGGGAUACUUCUGGCUGUAACCACGGUCGUGAUGUCGGGGUUGUUUGCAGGGCAUAUGUUCGUCUUGAAGACGGCGGAAGUGCCAAUGAAGGACGACUCGAGAUUUUCUACAACGGAGAGUGGGGGACCGUGUGUUCAUCAAGCUGGGGCCUAACCGACGCAAACGUGGCCUGCCGUCAGUUGGGAUAUCCUUGUGCCGACAUAACAACAAUCUCGGCCAGCUUUGCCGAAGGCACGGGGAGGAUUUGGUUGUCUAAUGUAGGGUGUUCUGGUCGUGAACCACACCUAUCGUACUGUUCACACGGUCUAUGGGGCUAUACAUCUUCUUGCAGUCACAGCCAGGAUGUCGGUGUUAUCUGCAAGUCGUCAAGCGAUGUUACGCAGCCUACUGUGCCGGCGCCUACACCAGGGAACGCAGGUUCUGACUUCGAUGUCCGUCUGGUAGGAGGGAGAAGCAACAAUGAAGGCAGAGUGGAGAUUUUCUAUAACGGAGAGUGGGGGACCGUGUGUUCAGCAUACUCCUGGGACCUAGUCGAAGCUUACGUGGUCUGCCGUCAGCUGGGCUAUCCCUGUGCCGGCUUCACGACAACCUGGGCCAGCUUCGGUGAAGGGACCGGGCAGAUUUGGUUGCGUUACGUAUCUUGUAGCGGUAGCGAAGCCCGGCUGGCGGAUUGUUCCCACCGUGGUUGGGGGGAUACCUCUGGCUGCAGCCACGGUAACGAUGUCGGAGUUGUUUGUAGGGCAUGUAAUUGA